CUAUAUAUACGCGAUUCAUAACUAGAAGUCUUGAACUAGAAUUCGGCGAUUGAGCAAAAUCGGAGGGAGCCAAAGAAAGGCGCGCGGAGGACAGCGAGCCCGUGAGAAUGGUAGAAGGCGAUGUGGAUAUGACUGGAGCCGACGCUAACGAAGCUGAAUUGGACGACAUGAAGAAACGGUUGAAGGAAAUUGAGGACGAAGCGGCUGCUCUGCGCGAUAUGCAGGCCAAGGUCGAGAAGGAGAUGGGUUCUGCUCAAGAUCCUGGUGGUUCUGGAGCAUCUCAAGCAAGCAGAGAGGAAGUAGAUUCUCGAUCAGUUUUUGUUGGCAAUGUCAGGCUUCGUUCUUCAGGCGUCUGUUGUUGUUGUUAGUGGUGUCAGUAGUGGUUAGCUUGAUAAAAACCGAGUGGGAAAAUAUAGGGACGAAAACAAAGAGUGUUGAAAAAAAGUUUUAUUUGAGUUGAAAAUAAAAUAGAAAAAAAAGGAAAAGACGAAAAAGGUUAAUCAGGAACCUCAAAAGAAAGAAAAGAAUGAAAGAAAAAGAAAUGAGAUGUGGUAUUGAAAUGGACGAGGGAGAAGGUGUUUCCGAAACAUGAUUCACUCAGAUUAAAUCUGAGGCGUAAUCCGUGGAGAAUGGAGACUGGUGAUGUGCAGGCCAGACUGGUGGCUUUCCUGAUGGUUAUUGCUGGAGGAAUAGGUAGAUGUUUGCUGCUUAUGGUUGACUACUCGUGCACACCUGAGGAAGUACAGCAGCAUUUCCAGACGUGUGGAACAGUAAAUCGAGUCACUAUUCGCACUGAUAAAUAUGGUCAACCAAAGGGUUACGCUUAUGUGGAAUUCCUGGAGACCGAAGCUGUUCAAGAGGCGCUUCUAUUAAAUGAAACUGAGCUACAUGGCCGACAAUUGAAGGUGACUGCAAAGCGGACUAAUAAACCUGGGAUGAAACAGUUCCGUCCUCGUCGAUCCAAUCCAUAUGCUGGAUUUCCACCGAGGGGUGCAUUUGCAGCUCCCUAUUUCUACCCUGCUUAUGGCUAUGGGAAGAUUCCAAGGUUCAGAAUGCCAGCACGUUACAGCCCUUACAACUGAGAAUGGUGUGACGGUUGAGGCAGCAAAUUGCUAGCAGUUAGUUGCUUCUGGAGCGAAUGUUUUUAUGAUUGUUUCCUUGAGCUUUUCAUUGAGAUGGACGGUGAUGAUUUAGAAUGUUGAGUGGAAGACCGUGAACCCCUAUAAGAUGCAUUUGUGAUGGAUGUUUUUGCGGUUUGAUAAGAGUUCUAUUUUGGGCUGGCCUUGGCGAGCCCUAUUAUCUGGUAUAUUAUUAUUAUUUUUUGUUUUAAAAGGGAAAAACAGCCCUAGCUAGUAUUUUGUCUGCAAGCUUUCUUCUCUGAUUUAAGGGCGAGGAGAAAUUUUAUAUAGCCAAUGAUAUAAGUAUUGUAUUAGGGGUGGUUUGCUUCGUGGAUAAAAAUAGGGUUU